AUGGGUGUCUGGUCGCAGAUCUUCUUCGGUCUGCUUAAGAUCUUCUGUGGCGGUGACCAGAAGCAGCACGGUGGACAGCAGCACGGCGGUCACCAGCAACAGGGCGGCUGGAACCAGGGCGGCCAGCAGGGCGGAUGGAACCAGAACCAGCAGCAGCAGUACCCGCCGCAAGGCUGGAACCAAGGCGGCCAGCAGCAGGGCGGUUGGACUGGGGGUGCGAUCAGCUCUCAGCACGACUACACGCAACUGCGAAACCAGGCCCGGCACGAGGGUGACCUCGCGCACAAAUGCUUCGCCGACAGCCAAGCUGCGUACAAGUCGGGCAAUGGAGCGCGUGCCAAGGAGCUCUCGAACCAGGGCAAGGCGCACCAAGCCAAGCAGGACCAGAUGGACGACCAGGCUGCCGCUUGGAUCUUCCAGGAGAACAAUUCGCGCCAGCCGCCGGGAACCAUCGACCUGCACGGCCUGUACGUAAAGGAGGCGAUCGAGGAGGUCGACAAGGCGAUCGCGGCCGGCCAGCGUAAUGGACUCCAGGAGCUGCGCGUUAUCACGGGCAAGGGUAUCCACAGCCAGAACCACCAGGCCAAGAUUAAGCCCGCCGUCGCCGACCUGAUGCGCAAGUACAACCUCUCCGCCGAGGUUGACCGCCACAACACGGGUGUCAUGGUUGUCGACCUCACUGGCCGAACGGGCGGUAACCGCUCGCGCGACGCUGGCGGCCUCGUCGACCAGAUGGGCGGCGACAAGGACUGCAUCAUCAUGUAG